UCUUGCAUGAAAGUCUAUAUGUAACGUCAUGUCCUGUAGGACGAGCGUGCAACACUCGGUAAUAUGGCGGCGGUACAAUUAACGGAUAGGGAGCUUUGGACCGAGCUUAAAAGUCUUGGGUGUCUUGCAGGUCCUAUUACUGAAAGUACGCGCCCGGUUUAUCUAAAGAAACUAAAGAAAUUACGUGAUGAACAACAGCGUGCUGGAACCCCCAAAUCCAGAAAUAUCAACAGGACAAUCCCAGCAGCCGGAACGUCUGGAGUCCGGGCCAGACCCGCCAGUGAUGACGUCACUCAGAUGAGCAAUUGCCUCCCCAGCAGGAAUGUGUCUGAGAAAAGGUUAGAUGGCAGUAAGUUUGUACUGGGAUUCAGCUCCGACGAGUCUGAUGCAGAGGCUGCCCCGAAGAGGCCUUUUAGCAAGAGGGACCAAAGUCCUCACCAGCGUUGGGAACUCAGGCCUAUGUCCUAUAAAAGACAGGGAUUUGGCUUUAACACUGUUUCAUCCCAUGAAAACAGGAGGAAGCAGGCAUCGUUAUGGGAGAGUAAUUUAAGUGCUAUGAAUCGGACUGAAUUUGAGAAUCAUGUUGAGGAGUACCAAAAUAAUCGGGUCAAUAACAUUAACUCUAUUAAAAGCAGUUAUUCGGACUCUGAAGAAGAAGUAGGUAGUUCAGAUGUAUGGUGUACGAUCAAGCCCAGACGUACACCUGGUAAAACAGGGUCGUCUGCUAAUAAAAGUAAAGGGAUGGAGACGGGCAAGAAGCACACUGGAGCUGCCACGCUUUUAAGUGGCAGCACUGCCUUUGGAAGCCUUGGCAUAGCUCAGGGCGGACUGGAAGAAAUGGAAAGUGAUAAAAAGGUGACGUCCUUCACUGCAAAUGUGAAUAAUUGUGGAUCUGUGUUAAACGAUAGAGAGAGAACUAGUAACAGUGUUGGUGCCCAUAGAAAAAGCAGUCUGGACGCAAACAGCACCUUUAAUACCACUUCGAAAGUAUGUUCCAUUCCGAACAACACAAGUGCCUCCCACACAUUAAAUCAUAUCGGUCAUUUGGACACCAGACAUACUUAUUGCCAAAGUGCAUAUAACAGGGAGCGGACGGGACCUGAAGAAGAACUUCUCCAGCAGUUUAAAAGCGAGGAAAUGUCUAGUAGUGCCCGCGUCAGUGCUCACUAUCUGUCAAUGGUUCUUUUGACUGCUGGGUGCUUGUUUUUUCUAAUUCUUGGAUUAACCUACUUGAAGGUUAGAGGUUCGGCAGCUCCUCAGAAUAAGGAAAUAAUCAUUAAUAAUCCAUGUGGUCCGAAGUUUGAAGAGCUAGAUAUUGAUCAAAAGAAGUCCGUACUUAACAUCUUACACAAGUUGCACGAUUAUUUGGCAAAAACAGCAGGGGAUCAUGACUGCGGUAAUAACAUGCAUGAUAAAAAGAGAAGUUUGUCCGUCCAAGAUGCAUUUGAGUAUUUAAGUACAGUUGUUAGAGGUCAAGAUAUGUUUAAUGCAUCGAUCCAGUGCAUUCUAGAUAGUAAAGAUGAUGUAGGUAUUAGGUGCAUUGGUGCCACCUCAGAAAAGUUAACAGAUGUAUCAGAUGUGAAAUACCUGGAAUCAACACGCCCACAGAUGCCAUUAAUUUGUCGUUUUCAGCGAGCUUUUGUUACAGUCAUUCAUAGGAUGCUUUUAUUACUUGUUUGUGUUGGCCUAGUGUGGAGUGUUCUUUCUUACAUGAAAUAUCGCUGGAGAAGAGAGGAGGAGGAAAUUAGAAAGAUGUAUGACAUUGCAGAAAAAAUCAUAGAUGUUUUAAAAAGCCAUAAUGAGGCCUGCCAGGAAAAUAAAGGUUUGGAGCCGUAUCUGCCAAUUCCACAUGUGCGGGACUCUCUUAUACAGCCUGAGGACAGGAAGAAAAUGAAGAAUGUGUGGAACAGAGCUGUUGACUUUCUUGCUGCUAGUGAAUCUCGACUUCAAACUGAGAAACAGAGAAUUGGUGGUAGUGAUUUCAUGGUUUGGAGAUGGGUGCAGCCAUUAGCACAGUAUGAUAAAGUUUCUGCAGUACCUUCCAAAGUCUGGCAAGGGCAAGCAUUUCACUUGGAUAGAAGAAAUUCUCCACCAAACAGUUUAACUCCCUGUUUGAAGAUUCGCAACAUGUUUGAUCCAGUCAUAGAAGUAGGGGACCAUUGGCAUUUAACAAUUCAAGAAGCAAUCUUGGAAAAGUGCAGUGAUAAUGACGGAAUUGUACAUAUUGCUGUGGACAAGAAUUCUAGAGAGGGUUGUGUAUAUGUUAAAUGUUUAGCACCAGAAUAUGCUGGAAAGGCUUUUAAGGCAUUGCACGGCUCUUGGUUUGAUGGAAAGCUGGUAACAGUAAAAUAUCUCCGAUUAGAUCGAUACCACCAUCGUUUUCCUUCAGCUAUAAACUGCAACACUCCCUUGAAACCUUCAAACAAGUAUAUGACUUCCAUGUCACAUCUUCGUCUUCGGACUACUGCUACCACAAGCUCUUCUCAGGGUACUUCUUGAGAAGUUUAUUUGGCAUUGCCAGUAACUUAACUUGCAUCAAGAAAGCUUCUGUAUUGACUCAGUCUUCCUUUUAUACAUUUUUUGUAUGUAACUAUUCAUUUUAAGAUUAUUAGUUUGUCAAGCAUUCUGUUAAACUGAAUUAAAAUUCCAAAGGGCAUUGCUGUAGAAAAAACACAGUAGUGCAGAGGCAGAUGAAUGGUCUUGUAGGGAAAUUUGUGCACUUUUUCCAGACAACUCCAGUAAUUACUGAUGCCCAUAAUGUGUGAUUUAUUUCUGUCUGGUGUAUUUUAUGACCAAGAACUACGGUUUUAACUGCUUGAAAAGUAGCAGGCCAAGGAUCCCAUUCAAUUCAAAGUUCAGAUAAACUGCAAGAAUCCAAUUAAAUUCAAAGUUCAGAUAAUCAAACUGGUAAAUUUUACUAGUGCUGUCAAGGAUUUCUAACAGAGCUGGGUUAAAAUUUGCUCCAUUGAUGCUUUGACCUUUCUGAUGCCAUUGUGACCUGUGUUGCUGCAGCAAGACUGCUAAGCAGUUUAACACUAUGUUUUGACAGUUGCAAAUAUAUUUACAGAACUUAUCUUUUGUACAUAUGUGUAAAUAAUGGUGGUGGGCAGUAGUUUCUGUACAUCUUUGUUGAAUAAGUUUACUGUUUUAUUCGUAAUCUGUUUUGUAUUUGAGAUGCACCAUUAAGAGGUCUAGUAACCAGACCUGUUAGGGUUUAUCAGAAAUUUAUAAAUAAGAUACAUUUUAUACAUUUUUGUAUAAAUAAUCUGUCUGAUUUGUGUGAGAAAUCAGUCAGCAGUUGUAAUGAUAUAUUUGUAUAAGCAAUAAAUGAACUGACGGCAGACGGAAUAUUUUAUGGAGGCUAUUUAUUGAUAAACUAAAUGAAAACUAGUAAGCUUACUCUUGGGGCUCUUUCACUUCAAUAAGGUUUAGAACAACAUAUGUAAAUUACUAGUUAGGUUUGCCUUUUUUGGCAUGUCUUUGACUAGUAACGCUGCAUUUUUGUCUUAAAAAAACAUUAAAACAAAUGAUUCAGAUACUU